AGAUACCUUCUUUUCUGGCCGCAUCGGCGAGGAGCUGAAAGCGGUCGGGAGCGCUGUGUGGUGGCCGCGGUAUCAGGGAGCCGGGGCCGCUUCUUCCGGGUUCGGGAGCUCUGGGAUCGGCUGCGGCUCCUGCGCUCGGCGCUCCUCCCGUUCGGCGUGCAGCCCAUGUGACCGGAAGUGCGGGUCACAUGGGCGAAAGAAAGAUGGCGGCGCCCAGGGAACGCCGAGCCCGGCGGAAUGCACGCAGGGGGGGUCGACUCUGCAUGGCAUUGAGUCCCCCCCCACCUGGAAAUAAGGAGGCGGAGCCGCGCGGCAACGGGUGGACCAGGUAGGACUUAAAUUGAAUGUCAGUUUGCUGUCCAGGUGUGGUAUGGAGGUCCAGAUGUCAGCUAUGCAGGACACUAGCGCAGACAUCCCUACCCCGAGUCAUGGGGAGAAAGACACCACGGUUAAGUCGCUGGGAGAGCCUAAAAAGAAACCCAGAAGAUGUGCGCUAUGCUCAAAGAGACUGGGGGAGGCAUAUAUAAAAGCCCUGUGUAGUGACUGCCUAGCAAAGAUCCUCAGAGACGAACAAUCCUCCCUUCUGGCAGACCUGAGAGUGAUUGUGAAAGAGGAGAUCCAGGCGGCCAGCUCUAGUGUAGCGCAGAAACCCUGUGCCGUCUCCCCUCCCCCCAAAAGACCCCGUGUGCUCAGGGAGUCGGAUUCUGAAGAAGAAGGCUUAUACCUUUCAGAAGGGGAAACCUUAAAGGGGGACGACGAUCAGGGUUCUUCCCAUAUGGCCGACGAUCAGAGAAGAUAUCUCUUCUCACAAGAAGAUCUAGAUCCCCUCCUGUCGGCUGUAAGACAGACUAUGGAUAUAGAGGAAGAGGAGCAGACUCGCUCGAUACAGGACGAGAUGUUCGGCGGCUUAAAAGCUAGGAAGAAAAAAUUGUUCCCGGUGAACGAGAAUUUGAAGGACCUAGUCAUAGACGAAUGGGCUGACGCCGAUAAGAGAUUGUAUAUACCGCGGGAAUUUAAGAACAGGCUUUUGUUCAACCCGGAGGACACAAAACUGUGGGAUGUAGUCCCUAAAGUCGAUAUCCAGGUGGCGAAGGUGGUAAAAAGAACCACCCUCCCCUUUGAGGACUCAGCCCAGUUAAAGGAGCCAAUGGAUCGGAAGAUCGACGGUUUGCUCAAAAGAGCAUGGGAAGUUUCGGCCAAUAGCAUUAACACCAAUAUUGCUGCUACGUCCGUGGCCAGAUCUCUGUGUCUUUGGGUGAACCAGCUGGAAGAACAUCUUAGGCAAGACACCCCUAAGGAAGAGAUCCUGGCGUCAUUACCCCUAUUUAAGAUGGCUGCAUCCUUUGUAGCAGACGCCUCAGCAGAGUCCAUAAGAUUUGCAGCAAAAACAGACUCCCUAACCAAUACGGCAAGGAGAGCCCUGUGGCUAAAACCCUGGUCGGGGGAUAUAGCCUCCAAGAAUAAACUAUGCGCCUUACCCCUUAAAGGUUCUCACCUCUUUGGUCCGGUACUGGAUGAGAUCCUGGAGAAGACAGCGGACAGAAAGAAGGGGUUUCCGGAGGAAAAAGGAAAGAAACCUUUGCCCUUUCGUAAGACAACCAGCAGCUUCCAGGGCACUCCCAGAGGUAAAGGGAAGACUGGAAGGUGGAGCUACCCCAAAGGGGGAAAAGGUCGAGGUUUCCUUUUUAACCCCAAUUCCAAGCCUGAGAAACAAUGACGCCAGGCCAGUAGGGGGCAGACUCCAGUUCUUUUGGGAAGAAUGGACCAGGAUAACCAAAAACCAAUACAUCCUGGAAUCCAUCCGAACGGGGUUCAAGAUAGAGUUUCGCCUUCCUCCUCCUCAUCUAUUCCAGACCACAGUCUUUCAAUCGACCUCUCUGCAGGACCAGCUCCUGACGGACAUCCAAAAACUUCUGACUUUAGGCGCAAUUGUACAAGUCCCUCCUUCAGAGGAGUUCAAAGGUCACUACUCAAAACUCUUCCUCAUCACAAAACCAGAUGGCUCCAAGAGAACCAUCAUCAAUCUGAAAUUUCUGAACAAAUGGAUAACACAUCAUCAUUUCAAGAUGGAAUCAAUAAAAUCUGCAAUUCCGUUGAUAAGCCCAGGGGCGUUCCUAUGCACCCUGGAUCUAAAGGACGCAUAUUAUCACGUCCCCAUUCACCCUCAUUGUCAGCAAUAUUUGAGGUUCGCAAUCAAGAAGGACGGAAGGAUUAUGCAUUUCCAGUUCCAAUGUCUCCCGUUUGGAAUUUCAUCAGCCCCACGCAUCUUCACAAAGGUAGUGGCGGAGAUAGUUGCCUAUCUAAGACAGAGACAGGUAACUAUAGUCCCCUACCUAGACGACUUUCUGCUUGUGGCAGACUCAGAGGAGGAGUUAGA